GGAGAGGGAGGGAGGGAGGGAGAGGGAGAGAGACGGAUAUCUCAGGUCAUCUGCAGCUGCAGCGAGUCUGAGGAGCCGAGGAAGGCAGGGAAGAUGGCGAUCCUCCAUUGCUGAGACCCGGCAGAAGCACAUGAGACUCCCAAACAACUUCCACAACAAUAACCCGAGCAGGAAGAGGAGAAAGAGAAAGAGGAUAAGGAGGCGGUGGGGCUGGAGAACCCGAAACACCUCCCGGCGCCGGGACGCUUCUUCUGUUCCUGAUGUGAGAGGCUAGACCCAGAUCAUGGAGGUGCUCCAGUGUGAUGGCUGUGACUUCAGAGCCCCAUCUUAUGAAGAUCUCAAGGCACAUAUUCAGGAUGUCCACACAGCAUUUUUGCAGCCAACUGAUGUUGCUGAAGACAAUGCUAAUGAGCCACGAUCCGGGUCCAUGAAUGCCAGUAAUCAGACGGAGGUGGAGUUUUCUUCUAUAAAGGAUGAGUUUGCGAUUGCAGAGGAUUUAUCAGGUCAAAAUGCGACUGCAUUGGGGACCGGAAGUUACUAUGGCCACAGUCCAGGAUAUUAUGGUCAGCAUAUUGCCCCUAGUCCCAAACCAACAAACAAGUUUUUUCAAUGCAAGUUCUGCGUACGCUACUUCAGGUCAAAAAACCUCCUCAUAGAACACACCAGGAAGGUCCACGGAGCUCAAGCCGAAGGGAGUUCGGUGGGACCCCCUGUUCCAGGAUCCUUAAAUUAUAAUAUCAUGAUGCAUGAGGGAUUUGGAAAGGUCUUCUCUUGCCAGUUUUGCACAUACAAGUCACCAAGGAGGGCAAGAAUAAUUAAGCAUCAGAAGAUGUACCACAAGAACAAUUUGAAGGAGACCUCUGCUCCUCCACCUGCCCCUGCUCCAAUGCCAGACCCCAUGGUCCCACCCGUGUCCCUGCAGGACCCUUGCAAGGAACUGCCAGCAGAGGUUGUGGAACGCAGCAUCUUGGAAUCCAUGGUCAAGCCCUUGACCAAGUCUCGAGGUAACUUCUGCUGCGAGUGGUGCAGCUACCAGACGCCCCGCCGAGAACGCUGGUGCGACCACAUGAUGAAGAAACACCGCAGCAUGGUCAAGAUCCUGUCCAGCCUCAGGCAGCAGCAAGAAGGGACUAACCUACCUGACGUGCAGAACAAGAAUGCUCCCAGCCCCACUUCUAACUCCACCUAUCUGUCCAUGAAUGCUGCAAGCCGGGAGCUACCCAACGCGAAUGUGUCCAACUACAGGGGCUCCAUCAGUAACUCCAUCAUGAGACCCAAUUCUUCAGCUUCCAAGUUUUCACCCAUGUCUUACCCUCAGAUGAAGCCGAAGUCACCUCAUAAUUCUGGCCUCGUUAACCUGGCCGAGAGAUCCCGUUACGGAAUGGCUGACAUGACCAAUUCCUCUGCUGACCUGGAAACGAACAGCAUGCUGAAUGACUCCAGUUCUGAUGAAGAGUUAAAUGAACUAGACAGUGAGAAUGGUUUAAAUGCUAUGGAUCACCAGACAUCAGGCAUGUCUGCAGAGCAGCUGAUGGGCUCAGAUGGCAACAAAUUAUUAGAGACCAAGGGGAUUCCGUUUAGAAGAUUCAUGAAUAGGUUCCAAUGCCCCUUCUGCCCCUUCCUCACCAUGCAUCGCCGGAGCAUCUCCCGGCACAUAGAGAACAUCCACUUGUCUGGAAAGACAGCAGUCUACAAAUGUGACGAAUGUCCGUUUACUUGCAAGAGCUCAUUAAAACUUGGGGCUCACAAACAGUGUCACACGGGUACAACAUCAGAUUGGGACGCUGUGAAUUCUCAGAGCGAGAGCAUUUCUUCCUCGCUCAAUGAAGGUGUCUUGUCUUACGAGAGCUCGAGCAUCAACGGCAGGAAGUCAGGAGUCAUGCUGGAUCCCUUGCAGCAGCAGCCGCCGCCGCCACCGCCGCCGCCACUGCCACCACCACCUCCGUCACAGCCGCAGCCGCCGCCGCUGCAGCACCCCCAUCAGGUGCCACCACAGCCCCAGCCGCCGCCGACGCAGCAGCCGCAGCCCCCCGUGCAAGCCCCGCCCCUGCACCCCUACAAAUGCACCAUGUGUAAUUACUCCACCACGACUCUGAAAGGGCUAAGAGUCCAUCAGCAGCAUAAACACUCCUUCUGUGACAACUUGCCAAAAUUCGAGGGGCAGCCCUCGAGCCUGCCAUUGGAAAGCGAGACAGACAGCCACCCCUCUUCCAGUAACACUGUGAAGAAAAGUCAGACCUCAAUUCUCGGGUUGUCCUCCAAAAACAACUUUGUAGCGAAGGCCUCCCGGAAGCUCGCUAACGACUUUCCUCUCGACCUGUCACCGGUGAAGAAGAGAACGAGGAUCGAUGAGAUAGCGAGCAACCUGCAGAGCAAGAUCAACCAAACCAAGCAGCAGGAAGAUGCGGUGAUCAACGUGGAAGAUGACGAGGAGGAAGAGGAAGACAACGAAGUGGAGAUAGAGGUAGAGCUGGACAGGGAAGAAGAACCCACAGAGCCAGUCCUGGAGGUGCCCACCUCCUUUUCUGCCCAACAGAUUUGGGCGAGAGAUGCCAGUGAGCCCCCGAAAGAGCCCAACUUCCGAAGCGUCACCCAUGACUACAACGCCACCAAUGGGGCUGAGAUUGAGCUCACCCUUUCUGAAGACGAAGAGGAUUAUUACGGCUCCUCAGCCAACAUGAAGGAUCACCAGGUCUCCAGCACUGCUCUGCUGAACACUCAGCCUCCCAUCUACGGAACGGAGCACAGCAACGAAAAUACGGACUUUGGUGACUCUGGAAGGCUUUACUAUUGCAAACACUGUGACUUUAACAACAAAUCUGCUCGGAGUGUCAGCACCCACUACCAGCGUAUGCACCCGUACAUUAAAUUCAGCUUUCGGUACAUCUUGGACCCCAAUGAUCACAGCGCAGUGUACAGGUGCCUGGAAUGCUACAUCGAUUACACAAACUUCGAAGAUCUGCAACAGCAUUACGGUGAACACCACCCAGAAGCCAUGAAUGUACUCAACUUUGACCAUUCGGACCUGAUCUACCGGUGUCGGUUUUGUUCCUACACCAGCCCGAAUGUUAGAAGCCUAAUGCCACACUACCAAAGAAUGCAUCCCACGGUGAAGAUAAACAACGCGAUGAUAUUUUCAAGCUAUGUUGUAGAGCAGCAGGAGGGGCUGAAUACAGAAUCCCAGACCUUGAGGGAGAUUCUGAAUUCAGCGCCUAAGAACAUGGCGACUUCCACGCCCGUGGCUCGUGGUGGUGGUAUGCCCUCUCCAUUUAAUAAAAGCACUCCUUCAAAGACCUUUACUCCAGAAUGUGAAAAUCAGAAGGACCCCUCGGUUAACACGGUUGUCGUGUAUGAUUGUGACGUUUGCUCGUUCGCGAGCCCCAACAUGCAUUCUGUCUUGGUUCACUAUCAGAAGAAACACCCUGAAGAAAAGGCUUCCUACUUUAGAAUCCAGAAAACCAUGCGAAUGGUGUCUGUGGACAGGGGCUCUGCCCUUUCUCAAUUAUCAUUUGAGGUGGGUGCUCCAAUGUCUCCCAAAAUGUCCAACAUGGGUUCCCCACCCCCCCCACCACCCCCGCCACCAGACCUCAGUACUGAGCUUUACUACUGCAAACACUGUUCCUACAGCAAUCGGUCAGUUGUGGGAGUGCUUGUCCACUACCAGAAAAGACACCCAGAAAUAAAGGUUACUGCCAAAUAUAUCAGACAGGCUCCUCCCACAGCUGCAAUGAUGAGAGGGGCCGAGGGGCCCCCAGGCUCCCCCCGGCCACCUGCCCCCAUGCAGCCGCUGAACCGGAGCAGCUCUGAGCGGGAUGGCCUCCCUGUGGAGAAUGAGAUGUUCUUUUGCCAGCACUGUGACUACGGGAACCGGACCGUCAAAGGUGUCCUCAUCCAUUAUCAGAAGAAGCACCGCGACUUCAAGGCCAACGCAGAUGUGAUCCGGCAGCACACGGCCACCAUCCGAAGCCUCUGUGACCGGAACCAGAAGAAGCCUGCCAGUUGCCUGCUUGUCCCCUCCUCGAAUGUGGAGCGGGACAAGACUAAGCUUCGGGCGCUCAAAUGUAGGCAGUGCUCGUAUACCUCUCCCUAUUUCUAUGCACUGAGGAAGCAUAUCAAGAAAGACCACCCCGCCCUGAAGGCCACGGUCACGUCCAUCAUGCGAUGGGCGUUUCUAGAUGGUUUGAUAGAGGCUGGCUACCACUGCGAGUGGUGCAUCUAUUCCCACACGGAGCCCAAUGGCUUGCUCCUGCAUUACCAAAGGAGGCACCCAGAGCAUUAUGUCGACUACACGUACAUGGCUACCAAGCUCUGGGCAGGGCCAGACCCCUCUCCUCCUUCUCUCGCCAUGCCAGCUGAAGCCAAAACUUACAGAUGCAGAGACUGUGUUUUUGAGGCCAUCUCCAUCUGGGACAUCACCAAUCACUACCAAGCUUUCCACCCCUGGGCCAUGAACGGUGAUGAGUCGGUGCUGCUGGAUAUCAUCAAGGAGAAGGAUGUCAUUGAGAAUCCCAUGGCUCCAUCUGAAGACCUGGUGGGCCCCCUGAGUUGUGAAAACAAUAUGCCCACUCCACUCCCCGAGCAGGAAGCUGAGUGCCCAGAGGAUGCAAGACUCUCCCCAGAGAAAAGCAUCCAGCUAGCUUCAGCCAACCCCGCCAUAUCCUCCACCCCUUACCAGUGCACGGUGUGCCAGUCUGAGUAUAACAACUUGCAUGGCCUUCUUACCCACUAUGGGAAGAAGCACCCUGGCAUGAAAGUGAAGGCUGCUGACUUUGCCCAGGACAUCGACAUCAACCCCGGCGCCGUUUACAAAUGCAGACAUUGCCCCUACAUCAACACCCGCAUCCACGGCGUCCUGACCCACUACCAGAAGCGACACCCGUCCAUCAAGGUGACCGCUGAGGACUUUGUGCACGACGUGGAACAAUCUGCCGACAUCACCCAGAAUGACGUGGAGGAGACGAGCCGGAUCUUCAAGCAAGGGUACGGUGCCUACCGCUGCAAACUGUGUCCCUACACACAUGGCACUUUGGAGAAACUCAAAAUCCACUAUGAGAAGUAUCAUAAUCAGCCUGAAUUCGAUGUGUUUUCCCAGUCACCUCCGAAGCUGCCAGUGUCCCUCGAGCCUGAGAUAACCACUGAAGUGAGCCCCUCCCAAGUCUCCAUUACCGAGGAGGAGGUGGGAGAGGAGCCCGUGUCCACUUCUCACUUCUCUACCUCGCACCUGGUCUCCCACACUGUGUUCCGGUGCCAGCUUUGCAAGUACUUCUGCUCCACGAGGAAGGGGAUCGCCAGGCACUACCGCAUUAAGCACAACAACGUGCGAGCCCAGCCGGAAGGCAAGAACAACCUCUUCAAGUGCGCCCUGUGUGCCUACACCAACCCCAUCCGCAAAGGGCUGGCCGCCCACUACCAGAAGCGCCACGACAUCGAUGCCUAUUACACCCACUGCCUGGCAGCCUCCAGGACCAUCAGCGACAAGCCCAACAAGGUGAUCAUCCCGUCCCCACCCAAGGACGACUCCCCGCAGCUCAGCGAGGAGCUGCGGCGGGCAGUGGAGAAGAAAAAGUGCUCUCUCUGCUCCUUCCAGUCCUUCAGCAAGAAAGGCAUCGUGUCCCAUUACAUGAAGCGCCACCCCGGGGUGUUCCCAAAGAAGCAGCAUGCCAGCAAGCUGGGGGGUUACUUCACCGCGGUCUACGCCGACGAGCACGAGAAGCCGAUGCUGAUGGAAGAGGAAGAGAGAGGCAGCUUCGAGAAAGCCGAGGUAGAGGGCGAAGCUCAGGAAAUCGAGUGGCUCCCAUUCCGCUGCAUCAAGUGCUUCAAGCUGUCCUUCAGCACGGCGGAGCUGCUGUGCAUGCACUACACUGACCACCACAGCCGGGACCUCAAGAGGGACUUCGUCAUUCUGGGCAGCGGCCCCCGCUUGCAGAGCUCCGCCUACCAGUGUAAGCACUGUGAUAGCAAACUGCAAAGCACAGCGGAGCUGACCUCACACUUGAACAUUCACAAUGAGGAAUUCCAGAAGCGUGCCAAACGUCAGGAGAGGAGGAAACAGCUUUUGAGCAAGCAGAAAUAUGCAGAUGGUGCUUUUGCAGAUUUCAAACAAGAGAGGCCUUUUGGUCACUUAGAAGAGGUGCCAAAGAUCAAGGAGAGGAAGGUGGUGGGCUACAAAUGUAAAUUCUGUGUGGAAGUGCACCCGACGCUCCGAGCCAUCUGCAAUCACCUCCGAAAGCACGUCCAGUACGGCAGCGUCCCUGCGGUGUCCGCCGUGAAGGGGCUGCGUUCUCAUGAGAGGAGCCAUCUGGCCCUGGCCAUGUUUACCCGCGAGGACAAGUACAGCUGCCAGUAUUGCUCCUUUGUUUCUGCUUUCAGGCACAAUUUGGAUCGCCACAUGCAAACCCAUCACGGACAUCACAAACCAUUCCGAUGCAAACUCUGCUCCUUCAAGUCCUCCUAUAACAGCCGGCUGAAAACACAUAUCCUCAAAGCCCAUGCUGGUGAACAUGCCUACAAGUGUUCUUGGUGCUCUUUUUCCACCAUGACAAUCAGCCAAUUGAAGGAACACUCCCUCAAGGUCCACGGGAAAGCCCUGACCCUACCCAGGCCACGCGUUGUCAGUCUCCUCUCCUCACACGCCCACCACCCCUCCCAAAAAGCUACUCCGACUGAAGAAGUAGAAGACUCCAAUGACUCAUCCUACUCAGAGCCUCCAGAUGUUCAGCAGCAGCUGAACCACUACCAAUCUGCUGCCCUGGCAAGGAACAACAGCCGUGUUAGCCCGGUGCCUCUGGCGGGGGCCGCUGGGGGUGCAGAGCAGAAAACCGAAGCUGUUCUUCACUGCGAAUUCUGUGAAUUCUCCUCUGGCUACAUCCAGAGCAUCCGGCGCCAUUACAGGGACAAGCAUGGCGGGAAGAAGCUCUUCAAGUGCAAAGAUUGCUCCUUCUACACAGGCUUUAAAUCUGCUUUUACGAUGCACGUGGAAGCGGGGCAUUCAGCAGUUCCUGAGGAGGGCCCCAAAGAUCUCCGCUGUCCUCUCUGCCUCUAUCACACCAAAUAUAAACGCAACAUGAUCGACCACAUUGUGCUGCACCGAGAAGAGCGAGUUGUCCCCAUAGAAGUGUGCCGUUCCAAACUCUCCAAAUACUUGCAGGGAGUAGUUUUCCGCUGUGAUAAGUGUACCUUCACCUGCUCCAGUGACGAGAGCCUCCAGCAACACAUAGAAAAGCACAAUGAACUGAAACCUUACAAAUGCCAGCUUUGCUACUACGAGACCAAGCACACCGAGGAACUGGACAGUCACCUUCGGGACGAGCAUAAGGUAAGCCGUAACUUUGAGCUGGUUGGACGGGUGAACUUGGAUCAACUGGAACAGAUGAAGGAGAAGAUGGAGAGUUCCAGCAGUGAUGAUGAGGACAAGGAAGAAGAAAUGAGCAGCAAGGCUGAUGACAGAGAUCUGAUGCGAUAUUCAGACCAUGGGGCUCCGAUGAACACUGAGAAGCGUUUUCCAUGUGAAUUUUGUGGACGGGCUUUUUCCCAGGGCUCUGAGUGGGAAAGGCAUGUGCUGAGACACGGCAUGGCAUUGAAUGACACCAACCAGGUGAACAGAGAGGAAAUCCACCUGAAAGAGAGCGUGGAGGACAGUAUUAAGAUGCCCUCUAUUGAGGAAAAAGAAGAUGACGAGGCAAUUGGGAUAGACUUUUCCCUAAAGAAUGAAACAGUAGCCAUCUGUGUAGUGGCUGCUGACAAAGCUCUCCUGGAGAAUGCAGAGGCCAAAAACGAAUAAGCGUUUGGUGAAAUUCUGAAUCAAACCUUACUUGAACCGUGAUGAAAAAGUGGGAGGGCCAGCUUGGGCUGAGAAGGGGGGGUCAGAAAAGAGAAGACAGAAAAAAGCUGCUUUUUAGGACUGAACAAUCUAUUUUCAAAGCACUGGUACCUGUGUGAGUGAGUAUGUAAAUUAAAGUUAUUUAAAUGGUUGGAAUAUGUGGCUCUUUUCCAUCACUACACCUUUUCUUCCGGAUCUGCAUCAUGAAGUUUCACUGGUGGCAGAAUAUGGAAGCCCUUCCUGUGCGCCGGUGCGCUCUGUGGUGGUCUUGGACUGAUGCAAAACAGACGCUCCGUGCAGGAGAAGACUUCUCUUAGGGGAACAACUUUUUGACGCACAACUUUCGGUGCGUUUUUCUAGUUUUAAUACCUUAAGCUUUUUCAAGACCUAACUGCAGCCGCUUUGGGAAAAAACAAAACGGAAAACAAAAAAAAAAC